GUAAUUUGUGAAUAAUAAGAAAAAACAUUAAAACACUGUGAAAUUAUAGAAAAUAAAGCAAUACGGAUCCAGCUUGGUAGUGUACAUACUUGUGCGCGCAAAAUUUAAAAGAAGCUCUGCAAUAUGGAUACUGAAGCGCAAACACCAAAUUACACGCUUAAAUAUACGCUUGCUGGCCAUACCGAAGCCGUGUCAGCACUUAAGUUUAGUCCCAAUGGAGAGUGGUUGGCUAGUUCAUCUGCUGAUGAACUUAUUAAAAUCUGGGGUGGUUAUGAUGGAAAAUUUGAAAAGUCUCUUUUCGGUCAUAUGGACGGUAUAAACGAUUUGGUCUGGUCGGCUGACUCUAAUUUGAUUGUAAGUGCUAGCAAUGAUGAAUCGUUAAAAAUCUGGAAAUUAAGCACUGGUAAAUGUUUGAAAACAUUGCUUGGCCACGAUGGCGUCGUUUUCUGCUGCAGUGUCAAUCCUCAAAGCAAUAUAAUUGUAUCUGGUGGCUUUGAUCAAUACAUACGUACAUGGGAUGUGCGCACUGGUAAUCCUUUAAUUGCCCAACUCGCUCAUUCAGAGACAAUAUCUGCUGUUGAUUUCAAUCGUGAUGGUUCAAUGAUUAUUAGCUCAAGUUACGACGGACAUUGCCGUGUCUGGGAUACAAUAAGUGGGCUGUGUUUAAAAACAUUUAUUGUAGAUGACGAAGGCGUUGAAUAUCCUUUGAGUUAUGCCAAAUUUUCUCCAAAUGGAAAAUAUGUUUUGGUUGCUAGCUUGAACAGCACUCUGAAAUUGUGGGACUACAAGCAUGGUAAAUGCUUAAGGACAUUUACUGGACACAAAAAUGAGAGAUUCUGCAUUACUGCUGAAUUCUCAGUUACAGGUGGCAAGUGGGUAGUAUCUGGUAGUGAAGAUAAAUUAAUUUAUAUCUGGGAUAUACAAACUAAACAAAUUGUACAGAAGCUAGAUGGUCACGAUGAUGUUGUACUAUGCACUGCUUGUCAUCCCAUCGCAAAUAUUAUUGCUUCCGCAUCCUUAAGUAAUGACAAAACUAUUAAAAUAUGGAAAAGUGAUAUAUAGUUUCACUUUUUUUGGGUUUAUUUUACGUUGAAGAUCUCAUUUUUCUUUACAUUAAUAAUAAUU